UGAUGAAGGCAUCAUCAGAUGCUGUGGUGCAUCACUUUUUGUUGCUAUGUUUAAUCAUCCGUUAAGAAAAUUAGCCGCCUCAGUGUGCCGUACAGGAAAUAAAUUAGAAGCCUGCCUUUCUUCAAAUUCAUGAUUAAAAAGGGGAAUAUUUGAUUUUUGCACGAUCAGAUAUCCUGUUCUUUUUUCUUUUUUUAUAAAACAAAAGAGCAGCUCAACAAAUGGCAGGAAGUCCCGACCCUGACGGAGGGGAUGAAGCCCUCGGGGAGACGAUGAUUCGAUUCCAGAGCUACUUACAUGGAGGAACCUCCAGCUUGCUGUCCGCCUUCCCCACCGUCGUCGUCUUCCCUGUCUACAAAACCGUCUUCCGUCAACAAAUCCACAACACGCCGGUUCGCCAGGCGGUGGGGCAGCUCUGCAGGGAGGGGCCUUUGAAGCUCUACAGGGGCGUGGCUCCGCCGCUGCUGAUGAGGACCCUGAACGGCACGCUGCUCUUUGGCCUCCAGGAUACUCUCCUCCGUUGGCUCGCCCUGUCGUCCCACAGCGUCCUCCCCGCGGCCGCUCUGCCCGCUCUGGCCGGGUUUGGAGCUGGUUUCGUGGAGGCUUUAGUUUUCACGCCCUUCGAGCGGGUCCAGAACGUGCUGCAGAACGGCCAGAACGACCGCCGCCUGCCCUCCUUGCGGAGCGUUCUCGUGAGCCUGAAGGCGCAGAGGAUGAGCCACGGCUACUACAGGGCGUUCCUCCCUGUCGCAGCUCGUAACACCCUGGGCAGCUCCCUCUACUUUGGCCUGAAGGGUCCUGUGUGUGUCGCGGUGACGGGACAGGGGCUCUCCCCCAUGGCCUCCUCCUUCGUCUCGGGAACCCUGACCUCGAUGGCGGUCAGCUUGGCUCUGUACCCGCUGUCCGUGCUGGUGGCCAACAUGCAGGCGCAGGUGGGAGGGGAGGGGAACGGCGCCGCGGCGUGCUGGAGAGCGCUGUGGAGGUCUCGGCAUGGCAGCGUGGCUCUUUUGUACCGAGGAGGUUCCCUCAUCGUUCUGAGAUCGUGCGUCACGUGGGGGAUCACCACUGCCAUUUAUGAUAGGCAGGAGAAGCGAUCCUGUUGAAGAGUGUAACAGUGUAAUCUGUUUUAUUCGUUAUAUUAGCCAUACAACUCUUUCACUUCACAAACAUGAGGAUUUUGCUCCCAAACAUAUCCUUAUUUGUGCAAGUACUGGAUCUAACAUUUAAACCUUUCUUACAACAAACACAGUGACAUAUAGCAGGAAAAUCUCAGGUGCUACUGUUGAAGUGUAUCUCAGAGCCUUGACUGUAUUACAGUGAGCCAAUAUAAACAUCCAUCCAUCUACUGAUCCAUUUCCUUUACCUGCUUCUCCUCCUGGUCACAAGGUGGUGCCCAUCUUCAGCAGUAUGAGGUGUGGGGUCCAACAUGAACAAUGUAGUUAAAUGAAAUGUUUUUUAUUACUGCCACAUAUGAGAUGUUUUUAGUUCGAUUGACUGGUUUAAACCAACAAACGUCCUAUUCUCUGCCCACAUGUAAACGCCACGGCCGACUUUGAGGUGCCCUGCAUCAUAGGUGCCUUCCUUCUAUUUUGUCUUGUUAAAAAAAUAUAUUUUUGGUGGAGGGCAGUGGAAGCAGGGGCCAAACUAGACUAUUUUGCAAGGCAGGGGUGGCCGUGGUGGAGUUUCAUUUUUUAAAAGAUUUUAAAUUUUAAAAUUAAAUUUUAAGGUUUUAAAUUUAAGAUGGCCACCUCAGCUAUUUCCACGACUAAUUCAGCUUCAAGAAAUAUUGAGCUGAAAUUGUGUGUGAUAGUAGCUAAUAAUGAUCCAAAACACACGCUGAAUGCUAGUCACAACCUAUCAUUCUGUCGUUUUCAAACAUUCAAAGCUGAAGAUUUCUGUAGCAAUCUUUAUCAAAUUCUAAAUUCUAAUAAAACAAUCAAGAUGGCCACCAAA